CGAGAGGCCAGAUUUAGAAAAGAAGCUUCGACGUUUCUUUGAAAGUGGUGCUCUUCGAAUUAUUUGGAACAUCUCUUGAGCUCUAGGAAGUUGUCGAGAUGGUAAUGUGACGCGGAACGCAAGAACAGAUAAAAAAAAUCACACAAGUAAAAGACUGUCGAGUACUUUGUUAUAAGUCAAGAUGUCGCUUUCUCACCUCUAUGGGCGUGGUGUGGAGGAGGAGGAUGAUGAUGUGGAGGUGGAGAGCUUUGAGAUCUCAGACUGGGACCUGCAAAAUGAGUUCAACCCUAAUCGGCAGCGCUACCGGCAGACCAAAGAGGACUCCAUCUAUGGGAUGUGGGCGCAGCAUGACUCUGAUGAGGAGAGGCCUAGCUUUGGGGGCAAAAGGUCAAAGGACUAUUCGGCUCCUGUGAAUUUUAUCAGUGCUGGGAUCCGCAAGUCAGCUGCAGAGGAACAGGAGGACAUAGAAGAUUCAGAUGAUUCAGACAGUACAGAGAAAAAAAGGAGAGAGGAGAAGCCCAAGGACACAGGACCCAAAAAGCUUCAGACGGGAGGAAACUUUAAGACUACCCAGAAAGGGUUUGCAGGUGGUCAGCGUCAAGGCCAGGAGUUUGGCACAUGGGAACGGCACACACGUGGGAUUGGGCAGAAGCUACUGCAGAAGAUGGGAUAUGUUCCAGGAAAGGGACUUGGCAAGAAUGCACAAGGUAUCCUGAACCCAAUUGAAGCCAAAGUGCGAAAAGGGAAGGGAGCAGUAGGGGCCUAUGGUGCAGAGAGGACAUCACAAUCAUUACAGGAUUUCCCUAUUGUGGAUUCAGAAGAAGAGGAGGAACAGGAGUUCCAGAAAGAGAUGAGUCAGUGGCGGCGGGAGCCAGGUCAGAGUCGCAAGAAACCAAAAUACUCUUACAAAACAGUUGAAGAAUUGAAAGCCAAGGGAUAUGUGUUCGGCAAGAACAUGUCAGCACCUCCAGCUGAGCUGGCACAAGUAAAGGUCAUUGACAUGACUGGUCGUGAACAGAAAGUCUACUAUAGCUAUAGCCAGAUGAGCCACAAGCAUAAUGUACCAGAGGAACCUGCUAUGGCAAUGACAGGAAAAGAGCCCAAGACCCGUGGAUUUGAGCUACCUGAGCUGGAGCACAACCUACAGCUUCUCAUUGACCUUACAGAGCAAGAAAUUCUCCAGGGGGCUCGCAGGCUUCAGCAUGAGAAAGACAUGGUAGUAUCUUUGUCCCAUGAGAGUGAAAAACUAGAAGAGACGCUUAAGCAGGAGGAACGGGCCAUAGGCAGAGUGCAGCGGGUGCUAGAACUGGUGGAGUCGUAUGAACGGCGAAUGGGUGCCAAGGAAGGAAGUGAGGAGGAGCCACUCACAUUGGCUGACUGUGUCCGUAUGUUUGAGAAGCUGCAGAAAGACUUCUACGAGGAAUACAAGGCAUUUGGUCUUGCGGAUAUGGCUGUACCCAUGGUGCACCCUCUUCUCAAGGAGUAUUUUAAGAACUGGGAUCCUCUCAAGGACAGAGUGUUUGGCAUCGAAAUCAUUGGCAAAUGGAGAGUGGUACUGGAGACUGGACAGCUGGCUCACAGUGGGCCAGAUAUGACAACUAUGGACCCUUAUCAUAGGUUGCUUUGGGAAGUAUGGAUGCCUCUGGUCAGAAGCUGUGUGACAAACUGGCAACCCAGGAACUGUGGCCCCAUGGUGGAUUUUCUGGAAAGCUGGGUCCCCAUCCUGCCUGUGUGGAUAAUGGAAAAUAUCCUGGAGCAGCUCAUCUUCCCCAAACUACAAAAAGAGGUUGAGAACUGGAACCCUCUCACAGAUACAGUGCCGAUACACUCAUGGAUCCACCCUUGGCUGCCUCUCAUGCAGGCACGUUUAGAACCACUCUUUCCUCCUAUCCGUAGUAAACUAUCUAAUGCCUUACAGAAGUGGCACCCCAGUGAUGGCUCAGCCAAGCUUAUAUUACAGCCUUGGAAGGAUGUCUUCACGCCUGGAUCAUGGGAAGCUUUUAUGGUGAAGAAUAUUGCUCCUAAACUGGGCCUUUGUCUGAGCGAGUUUGUAAUUAAUCCCCAUCAACAGCAUAUGGAGCCCUUCUACUGGGUGCUGGAUUGGGAAGGUAUGCUGUCUCUGUCCAGUCUGGUAAGCUUGCUAGACAAGCACUUCUUCACAAAAUGGCUUCAGGUUUUGUGUUCCUGGCUCAGCAAUAAUCCCAAUUAUGAGGAGAUCACCAAGUGGUAUUUGGGCUGGAAGUCGAUGUUUUCAGAUGCUAUCCUUGCACACCCUUCAAUCAAGGAGAAGUUCAAUGAGGCUCUGGACAUCAUGAACAGAGCUGUGUCAUCUGGAAUCGGUGUCUACAUGCAGCCAGGAGCUCGUGAAAAUAUUGCCUACUUGACCCACACUGAAAGACGAAAAGAUUUCCAGCACGAGGCUAUGCAGGAACGUCGAGAAGCAGAGAGCAUAGCCCAGCGUAGCAUUGGAGCAACUGCUACCAUUCCCACCAACUUUAAGGACCUUAUCCAGGCUAAAGCUGAGGAGCACAAUAUCGUUUUUAUGCCUGUGGUGGGCAAGCGCCAUGAGGGCAAGCAGCUUUACACAUUUGGCCGUAUUGUUAUCUACAUUGACCGGGGCGUGGUCUUUGUACAGGGAGAAAAGACUUGGGUGCCAACAUCAUUGCAGAGUCUAAUUGACAUGGCCAAAUAGUGGACCAAGGAGAAGAAGGGCAAAGUAAUAAUUGGGAUUACUUUUGGACUGUGAUUUCCUUCAGCCAAGGCUGAAUUUGAGUAAGAUGAGCAGGUUUAAACAAACCGAGCUGGAAACCGUCUGUUCUGUAUUUUAAUUUUGUAAAAUAAAUUAUUAAUACUAAAAUA